GCCCUUUCUGGAUAAGUCUAUUUAAUUAUUUUUUACUAAACUAACAAAUCAAUACGUUUAAUUUGUUGUGCUCUUUCAGAGCAUGUAUUUCAAGUAGGACAUAAAGGGGAAGCAUGCCUUCUUUACCUUCUGUGUUUCGCAAAAGAGAAGGAUCUAUAUCGAAUCCACCAUCGCAGGAGGAGGAGAAGGAAAGCAGGCGUAAACUGCUUCGUCGGAUCUAUGUUAUUGUUAAAAUAGGCAUUCUGAUUGUGCUAUGGCUGUUCUUCACCAUUACUCUGGCUACCUCACCGCCCGGAGAAAUCCCUAAAUCAUUGGUGACCAUAUUACCCAAUCAGACGAUUUUCAGAAAAGUGGACCGACUGCCCAAAAACCGUGCCCACAUUCGACUGGAGGGACCCAUUGACGAGGACCAGACAGACGCUGCUGAUCACGUGGACGAUGUGGACGCUGUGGGCAUUCGUGUUGAGCGUCGGGACUCGAGUCGGAACGUCACCUAUGUGCAGUCCGACAUGUGGAACGUUUAUAUGGCAAAAUCAGAAAGUCAUUAUGUAUCGGUGGACAACUAUUUCAAAGUCCCCGAUGAUGGCCACAAAGACACCGAUGUGGUCGUUUCAUUCAAGAGCUACAGCGCGCAGCCGGUCUCACUUCUCAUUCAGGUGGAAACCAUGCCCGUGGACAAAAAAAUGGGCGUGGUUUAUGCGGGCCUUCUGCUCAUCUUCCUUUACAUCCUGAUCAUUUGGGAGAUCACGGACCGGACAUUCGCCGCCCUGAUGGUAUCAUCGGCGACCCUCGCUGUCCUGGCCGCCAUGGGGGCACGACCCUCGCUGGAGACCAUCGUGUCCUGGAUUGACUUCAACACUCUGAUGCUGCUGCUGGGAAUGAUGAUCAUGGUGGCCAUCCUGUCGGAGACGGGGGUGUUCGACUACCUGGCUGUGUUCGCCUACCGCAUGGCCAGCGGCAAUGCCUGGCCCCUGAUAUUCUUCCUGUGCAUGUUCACCGGCAUCUUGUCGGCGUUCCUGGACAACGUGACAAUGGUGCUGCUGAUGGUGCCGGUGACGAUUCGGCUGUGCGAGGUGAUGGCGGUGCGCACAACGCUGGUGCUGAUCGUGAUCGUCGUCUACUCGAACAUCGGCGGCACUCUGACGCCGGUGGGGGAUCCGCCCAACGUGAUCAUAGCCACCGAUUACCAUGUGGUGCAGGACGGCAUUGAUUUCUUCACCUUCACGUUGCACAUGUUUCCCGGCGUGUUCAUCUGCAUGUGCUGUUCCUUUUUUAUGAUAUAUUUUAUGAUACGCCACAAGCUGCGGAUCCUUGACGAGGACCCAAUGACCCAUGCCAUCAAGACGCUGGAGCGGGAGGCCGAGAAGGUGACCCCCACCACCGCAGACGAGGAUGCACUGCGUCAGGAUAUCCUGCAGCGCAUCGAACACCUCAAGGCCAAGGAAAAGGCGAGGACCAGGGCCACCAUGCUGGCGCCAGUGGAAAACUACUAUGAGACCCUGGCCUCGCUGGAGUUGAAGUAUAGGAUUCGGAACAAGCCGCUCCUGAUCAAGUGCUGCAUUGCCCUGGGGUUCGCCAUUGCCCUGUUCUUCCUCCACUCGCUGCCGAUCCUGGCCGGUGCCUCGCUGGCCUGGAUAGCCAUGCUGGCAGCCCUUCUGCUGCUCAUUCUGGCCAACAAGGAGGCCAUGGAUGUGAUCCUCCUGCAUGUGGAGUGGUCCACGCUGCUCUUCUUCGCCGCCCUCUUCGUCAUGAUAGAGGCCAUGUCCGAGCUGGGCCUCAUCCAGUGGAUAGGAGACAUCACAGUCGGCGUAAUCCUGAGCGUGGACAAGUCCCACCAGAUGACCGUUGCCCUAAUGAUGCUGAUCUGGAUCACGGCACUGACCUCCGCCUUUGUCGACAACAUACCCAUCACCCAGAUGAUGCUCAAGCUCACCGUCCAGCUGGCCAAGAACAAGAAGCUCGACCUGCCGCUGGCUCCGCUCAUCUGGGCCCUGUCCUUUGGCGCCUGCUUUGGGGGCAAUGGCACUCUGAUCGGCGCCUCGGCGAAUGUGGUCACCGCGGGACUGGCCAACCAGCAUGGCUAUAAGAUCUCCUUCAUGGGCUUCUUCGCUGUUGGCUUCCCCGUGAUGAUAUUUACGGUGUUCAUCGCCUCUUUGUAUCUACUCUUUGCCCAUUCCCUCUUCUCCUGGCAUAAGCAAUAAACCCAACGCUCACCUUUGGCGAAUAUACAUUCAGGUACAGGCAAUCCUC